AUGAAUAACAAUCAUUUCUUAAUGAAAAAUCCCAGAGUGGUGGCCGAUCAUUUCUCGAAUCUAUGUGAUGUUUUACCACCCACCUCACAAUCCACCAGUCAUUAUAUACCAAAUGAUUACCAGCAACCACCUACCCAAUUACAUAGUGGCAAUCCAUAUAUCUACCAACAACAACAGCAACAACAGCUACAACAACAACAACAACAACAAGAUUACCAUUUGGUAUAUCAAUCCUCUCAACCUCUAAAUUAUUACAAUAAUAAUUUGAUGAUGAAUCAACAACAACAACAGCAACAGCAACUACAACAACAACAACCAAUGUUAAAUGCAGCAUUAUCAUUGUCAUCUAUUCAUAAAGCAAGAUCUUCUCUCUCAAAUAUUCAUCAUCAAAAGUCAAUGUCAAUGUCCUCGGCUUCGACACCCAAGGUAUUUGCAACAACCGACUCGCUAAGCACCGGUGAAUUGAAUUCCGACACCAAUACCAAUGGUGGUACAAGUCCUUCAUUCUCAUCCGAUAACUCCUCACCCUCUUUAGAUCAACAACCAAGCUCACCAAUUGACUCUUCGCAUCCCAACAGUAGCAGUGGCUCUGUAGAACUCUACACUUUCACCGGGUCAUCCGAAAUGAAAUCAAACAAGCUGAGCAACUCUUCAUCAUGCGGUUCUAUUCCACUUCACUCUUCCAUUCCAGGUUUCAGUUUGAAUCACGGAUGUGACGCACAAGCCGACUACGACUCGCUAAGAGAGGCAUGGAAAAAGACAAAAGAUUUAUCACAAGAUUUGACCAAGAUUUCCAAGCAAGCUUCUAAAUCCGAAUUCACUUUGGUUGACUCUGUCAAUGCUCUACAGAAAGAGUAUGAGAAUCUCGGUAAUCUUCUUAAUUUCAUGAAUGAAAAAGCAAACAAUCUAAAGAAUGAUGAGAGAUUAAAGAAAAAGAAGAAGGAAUCCGAUAGAAAUGCUGAAAAGAGAAAAAAGAGAAGAGAAGCUACAAUGUUGCUUAAUAAUGUUUGCAAGAAUUGCAAUACAACUGAUACUCCGGAGUGGAGAAAAGGUCCAGAUGGUACCAAAUCAUUGUGCAAUGCCUGUGGUUUGCACUAUGCCAAGAAUCUAAAGAGAGAAACUAUGAACCAACCGAAUCCUGUUAUCCAACCAAAAGAGACCAUGAAGGUUCUCUCUAUUCUCAACUAG